AUACUCUCCCGAAUUUGUGAACAUGUAGUGGAGCUGAUUAACAUGCAGUGAGUUUAGCAAGAAAUUUAAAAUCACCAGGAGAAAAGGAUAGGAAGCUUGAGAGAGAAUUCACACUGGAUGAAAACAAUUUUCUGAAGCUGGAUAUAUUCCAGGAACUGUAACCCAAAUGUUUCUCUGUCCGUGGAGAAGAUUUCACUUUUGAAGUAACUUCUACUGAAGCUAGGUGUGUCCCAUCAUCAUGUUCUGGAAGUUUGAUUUGAAUACAACAUCACAUGUGGACAAGCUACUGGAUAAAGAGGAUGUGACACUUCAUGAGCUGAUGGAUGAAGAUGACAUCUUACAGGAGUGCAAGGCUCAGAACCGCAAGCUGCUGGACUUCCUUUGCCAGCAGCACUGCAUGGAGGAGCUGGUCAACCUCAUCACUCAUGAGCCCCCUGUGGAUAUGGAUGAGAAGGUCCGCUUCAAAUAUCCCAACACAGCCUGUGAACUGCUGACCUCUGAUGUGCCACAGAUCAAUGACAAAUUAGGAGGGGAUGAAACUCUGCUGAAUAUCCUGUAUGACUUCUUGGAUCACGAGCCUCCUUUGAACCCUUUGCUUGCCAGUUUCUUCAGCAAGACUAUUGGGAAUCUCAUUGCAAGAAAAACUGAACAGGUGAUUGCAUUUUUAAGGAAAAAAGACAAGUUUAUUAGCCUGGUGCUAAAGCAUAUAGAUACAUCAGCCAUGAUGGACCUCUUGCUUCGUCUCAUCAGCUGUGUGGAGCCAGCAACUCUACGACAGGAAGUAUUAAAUUGGCUUAAUGAAGCAAAAAUUAUUCAGAGACUUGUGGAACUGAUCCAUUCAAGCCAGGAUGAGGAUAGGCAAUCAAAUGCUUCCCAGACCCUGUGUGAUAUCAUAAGAUUGAGCAGAGACCAGAGCAAUCAACUCCAAGAGAUACCUGAGCCUGAUCCACUUCUCACAGCACUGGAAUCGCAGGAAUGUGUGGAGCAACUCCUGAAGAACAUGUUUGAUGGAGAACAGACUGAAAAUUGCAUAGUGAAUGGAACGCAAGUUCUUUUAACGUUGCUGGAAACGAGGCGCUCUGGGGUGGAAGGACUGAUGGACUCAUACACUCAGGGAUUUGAAAGGUCUUACACUGUCAAUAGCAGCAUUUUAUAUGGUAUUGAACCAAGGCUAAAGGAUUUCCACCAGCUGCUGCUCAGCCCUCCCAAGAAAACGGCAAUCCUAACUACAAUUGGUGUCUUGGAGGAGCCACUGGGGAAUGCUCGUCUUCAUGGAUCUCGACUAAUAGCUGCUCUGCUUCACACAAACACUCCCAGUAUUAAUCAGGAACUAUGCAGACUCAGUACCAUGAACUUACUACUUGACUUAUUUUUUAAAUACACGUGGAAUAACUUUUUGCAUUUCCAAGUGGAAUUGUCCAUAGCAGCUAUUCUCUCACACUCUGUACAAGAGGGAAAAACUACUACUAAUGACCUAGAAGGCAAAGAAGAGGUGCUGAAUGGAAAUGCGGCCACAGAGAGCCUGGAGGCUCCAGAAAACAGUACUGAGAAUAUCAUGGUGACUCAUCUGUUCCAGAAAUGCUGCCUCGUGCAAAGGAUAUUGGAUGCCUGGGAAGCCAAUGACAGAAUACAGGCAGAAGGUGGAAUGAGGCGAGGCAAUAUGGGCCACCUUACCCGAAUAGCCAAUGCUGUAGUACAGAAUAUGGAGAAGGGCCCCAUGCAAACUCAAAUUAGUGAGUUUAUUAAAGAGCUACCUGAAGACUGCAGAGGGAGAUGGGAGAGCUUUGUAGAAGAGACACUGACAGAAACCAACAGGAGGAAUACAGUGGAUUUGGUGAGCACUCAUCAUCUGCAUUCUUCCAGUGAGGAUGAAGACAUUGAGAGUGCUUUUCCCAAUGAACUUUCUCUCCAGCAGGCCUUCUCAGAGUACCAGAUCCAGCAGAUGACAGCUAACUUUGUGGAUCAGUUUGGCUUUAAUGAUGAGGAGUUUGCAGACCAGGAUGAUAAUAUCAAUGCUCCUUUUGACAGGAUUGCAGAGAUAAACUUCAAUAUAGAUGCAGACGAUGACAGUCCCAAUGCUUCCCUCUUUGAAGCCUGCUGCAAUGAAAGGAUCCAACAAUUUGAUGAUAAUGAGGAGGAAGAAGAUAUCUGGGAAGAGAAGGAGAUAACCUAUGCAACCCAAGUUAAAUCAAGAACAAGGUUUGGAGCAUCUCAGACCUCAGAGAGUUCAUCAAAAAGUGAUCUUGAGAAUGGAGAUCAUGAUGGUAGCGUGGACUCGGAAGAAGAGGAGGAAACAGAACAGCAAUUGCCUCCUUCCUCAGCAAACACCAACAGAAACAAUACUUCUGAGCAGAAAGAGACCGACUCCUCUGAAGGGUCUGGAUGGACAGCUGUAUUUGAGCCAGUGAACUCAAAGCCCCCAGCACCCUGUGUGGCCAUGGAUGUUGGAUCAAGUGUGUGGGAUUCAGCAGCCCCAGAGAACACCACGCCUGAGGAGAAAGGAUGGGCAAAAUUUACAGACUUCCAACCUUUUUGUUGCUCUGAAUCAGGUCCACGAUGCAGUUCUCCUGUGGACACAGAAAGCAGUGAUUCAGAUGGAAACCUGAAGCAGAGUCAGGACAAGAACUUCAGUGCUGCUUCGCCCUGUGUUUGGAAUGUCUGCGUUACCAGGAAAGCCCCACUGGUGGCUUCGGACAGUAGCUCGUCUGGAGGCUCAGACAGUGAUGAAGAGGAGGAUAAAGCUGAUACUGUCACGGAAACCAUCAGUACAGGCUCAGGCCAGGAAACCAUCAAGCUGACUAUGGAUGCAAAAAAUGAGAAGGCUGUUUUCACCAGUGAUGCAGACUGUAUGGUUAUUGAUAAGCUGACCAUCACUGACAUCGGAAUGACGAAAGCAUCCAAACCACUGAACAACACGGCCCAGCGCUCCGAGGAACGCCAGAACACCGCAGCUGUUGUCACAGCUGGUGCAGAAAUGGCAACAAAAGACAGGAAAGAAGAAGUCUUGCCCUGUGCUGAAGCCACAUUAAAUGGCCCUGCUUGAUGAAACAAAAGCAAUGGGACGUGUGUGAUCCAGGCCAGGCUGCUACCUGGUGAUGCAAUUUGUCAAUUUUUUUUUCAUUUUAAUUUUAUUUUUUAAUAAAUGCUGCAUUGAUGAGAGAGCUGGCAUUCAGGACCAGACAUGCAGUUUCAACACCAACAAUCUGUUCUGAAAGACACUUGCAUUGUCUAAAUGUAGCAUUGAUCGGUUAGUCAUCACAGGAAUGAUGGGGUUCUUCCCAAGCAAGCCUUCUGCCUAAUUUUAGUUCUUUGUUCCCUUCCCUCUCUCCCUCGUUUUUGUUUUGUAUUUGGGGUUCAGUCCUAUUUUCUUAGUGUUAUUGCACACAGUAUUCAGCUUCUCUUCAGAAAGGUAGCAGGUCUAACGCUGGGACUUGGACAGUGCACAAAAAGUCCCGCAGUCGUGUGACCAAAGUUCCUGAUGGAGCUGUCUUUGGGCAGCAUUUGCACCGCUUUUGUAUAGCAAUAAAGCCUUAUCAGAAACAUUUCAUAGGAGGAAAAGAUGCAAACACUUUAAAUGGGAUGAAGCAGGGAGGGAUUUUAUUUUAUGUUUCUGUGGGGUGGGAGGGAAGUCAUUGACGUUGUCCCAAGCAAGAGGCCAGAUAGUUAAUUUACUGUAAUGCUGAACUGCCUUAAGAAAUGGGAAGUCUCUGCAUUCCAGUGAAUUGCUCAGUGCUCUCUCCUCUGGAGACGUGAGAAUUCACUGCAGGAUCUUGGGUCGUUUAGCAAUUGGUCUCUUCUGUCCGAGCCAUCAAAAUUCAACUUCCCAGAUGUUCAUCCUCUGUUGGCUGGAGCGUAUGCAAAGAAGGUAGCAUGUUGUUUGCCAGCUAAGAGGAUAACGAUCCACUGGACUGCUGCCAUGCAGGAACAAGAGCAGAUGUGGCACAACCAGGUUAUCAGGUGUUUGCUGGCUUUUCGGAGACUAAUGUAUUUUCAGAUUAUUAUGGAAAUCCAUUUCUGUUUGUUUUUUGUUCUGUUUUUAACGUUUUUAAUGGAUGCAGGAACAGCAACACUUUUGCACUUUGUACCUAGUGACAACAUUGGAGAAUGAAAUGGCCCCAGCACAGGACUCCUGCUGUUACUCCCCAGGUAGUUGAUCAUGGAGAGAUUUUGGGUAGGGACAUACUGCUCCCAUGGGAUAGUAGAAAACGGUAUGGAGAAAUGGACUACGCUUCAAGCUGCCUGGGAGCAAGGUCAGUUAAAAGUGUGUACUUGACCCUGGAACGCAGGAUCUUCUGCAUAGGCUGAAGGACCUACUUCUAUAAGGACUGUACCAGUUUCAGACGCAGGUCUGCACUGAUCUGUGCUGGCCUCUGCAAUGAGCUUGUUCCCAGACUGGACUUGUGCACAUAGGUCAUAUACGGGUGUAGAUGUUGGGCCACUUACAGAACCAGGCUCAGGCUGGUAACAGCAGAUCGCCAUGAACAGUGCUCAUUCUAUACCCCUGUAGUCUAGAUGCGGAGCUGGGCCUGCUUUUGUGUGUAAGCUGUAUGCUGAAAUCCACCUGUCAAAUGUUAAAUGCCGCUUAUUUUAUUAGUCCAAGAUCUAAGCUGGAAAAUCAUUCACUUUGGAAUAAAAGCAUGAAGCUUGACACAUAGGUAGCCAAAUAGCUUAUUUUCAGAUAUAUUCUCACUCAUGCCUAAUGAGGGACUUUACCCUGUGAGUAUGAAAAAGUACCUCACACAGAUCUGUUGUUAUGAGCAAAGGCAUCCUAGCCAGACUUCAGUCAUUUUAAAAAGUACUUUAUUUUUAACUGUGAUAUGUAUGUAGUGCAUAUGAAAUUUUCUUAACUGUAUUGAGAGGGAGUGUGUUGCGGGGGAGUGAGAUGAACAAAAUGUUUUCACUUGUUAGAGUCAGUCUGUUCUGCUGGAUCAGUAUCCGACGGUGUCGUACCCACAGCACGAGGCUAUCGUUAUAUGCCCAAAGACAAAAUAUUUUCAUUUUUGAUCUUGAGGAAAACAGAGGAAUUCCUUUUUUGGAAUGUCAGAUAUGGAGAUUACAGUGCAGAGAGGAGGAUGAGAUCGCUGUGUGCAUCUUGGAAGCGUGUGUGCUAGGAUUGUGGGCCACUUGUAUGCUGCUGACAUAGCUGUGAUUUCUCUCAGCUGCAAUUAUUUGGUAAGCUGGUGCUUUCAUGGCAUAGCACUGUUGUUCUGGAAGUCUUCUCGCUCCCUUCUUGUAAUUUAAAAUAAAUAAUUUAAAGUUACAUUGUGCUGGAAGGAAAAUCUCACUCUCUGCUUUGGUUACUCUGCCCGCCCUUUAGAGGUCAGUCCCACUCUUCGCCAGGAUGUUCAGAAAUGAUUAGUAGUUUUGAGUUCCUAAUUGGAGACGCAUUUAAGUCUUAACUUUCAGAUAAUUGGUGCUAGACAUUUUCUUGAAAAUCAGGUUCUUUUCAGGGUGCUCUGUAAACACCCACGAACGAUACUAUGAAAGCUGAAAAAUUGUUCAUAAAAUACAACAUCAGUGCACCCGAUUCCAGCAGUUGAUUGAAGACCAUGAUUGGGCUUCAGUCCCAUUAAAUGCCACAUGAUGACAAUAGUUCUUUUCCAGUCUGUUCUCAUUCCUAGUUCUUGCCUGUAGUGCUUGCAAGUUCCAUCGUGCUGCAAUUAUGACUAAGUAUAGUCUACUUAAGAGUGAAGGAUUAAGGGAAAACGUCCUUAAUGGGCAGAAUUUGAUCUUUCCCUUGUCUUGAUACAUUUUCAGCCCCCUUGGUAAACAGAUAAAUGAUCUUUGCACUAGAUUACAUCAUAGAGAUCCUUUUUCAGAUAUACUUGGAAUGGCUUAAGAGGCAUCUGUGUUAGCUUAAAUCACCUUGAGCUGUGCUUCAAGUCAUGCUGGCUGAUGUUGCAAGAAUGCUGAUAAGUUAUAUUCAUGAUGUCUUGGUUUUUGGGGCAGUUACCUCCACCCGAGAAGUGGUACGGAACAGCUGGCAGCAAUAACAUCGUAAAACAGAGAUGUGCAAGGACAUGUCUAUCUAUGCCUAUUAUUGCAAGCUCUAAACUUUGUGUUCAUUAGCUUUUGGCUUUGAGUCUAGAAAUUUAAGUGAAAGCUUUAAUAAUAUAUUGAACACGUGUCCAGUAAGCAGAUCUAAAAGCAUAGUGUAGUAGCAUACUGAGGGGCUCAUUAUCUGAAGUUCAUGGAUUUAAUUGCUUGUGUCCAGUUACUUCUAUGAUAAGACUUCUUAUCAGCAGUUGAAUAGAUUCACAGAUAUGCACAAGCUUUCUUGCUUUUGUGACAGUGAAUGAUUCCUCCACAUCUGGGAUUGGCACUCCAAAUUAUAGCUCACGGCCCCAUUGCGUUGCUCUUCACACCAGCCAACAAACUGACUUAGAAAGUUUCUCAUCUCUGAUAACUUGGAGUUUGCAGUUCAGAGCAGACAUAGAGUCAGAAGAUGGUUUCCUUGCCUAGCUCAAAUGAUUUUAUGGGCAAACUGUUCAUAAAAUUCUUGUUUGUAAAUUUGAACUUCCCUUCUAUCUGCGGUCGGAAUGGAUAUGGAUAGAUUUGAGGGUUCCACUGUCUCUGGUCUGUGGCCUGCAAUUCGCUUUCGGCCCUCGUUGCUGUCUCAACUUUCUUCUUGGCCGUUUUAGGCUACCGCCAAGAGCUCUGUAUGGCAGCUGGGCUUCUGACUGCUAUUCUGCUUUCAGCUGACGUUAAGAUAAAUAGUUGUUUUAAACAUUGAAUGAGUUGACUGAGCAGUUCAGUGAACCCUUUCUGUAAGUCGUGUCAUGCCAUGUGCAGUCUCAGAAUUGUGUCUCCUCGGGUCUGUUCUUCAACAGUGGCACAUCAGGACACACUUUGACUGCUGGAGGGUUUUUUUUUUUUUUUUUUUUUUUUCCACCAGAAAUGUGCUGUCGUCUCACUGAAUAAGCCUUGUGAUCUAGGGAAGGACUAUUGCUCGAGGUUAGAGCAGACAUAUUAUCUACCAAAGAUGGAUUUACUUAAACCAGCGGUAUCCUUUAAAAAAAUCAUAGGCUUGUUAAGAUAGUUGAUCAGAAAC